AUGUCUACGCCCUAUACUACACCUCCCACUUCUUCGGAGAGGCACGCGAGCAUCGGCGAGACCUCUAAUCCGAUUCUGAUUUCGUCACCUGGUCCUGAGCUAAAACCGUUUAAGCCGCACCAGAUGCUCAUGCAGACUCCCGUCGAGAUUGAGUGUGGUCCAGAUCUCUCUACCAAGCUUACUAUACAUGAAGAGCUCCUAUGUUGCCAUAGCAAACUUCUCGAAGAGCGCUUCAUUCAGGCCAAGGUUCUGAGAAAGCAGUUUGAACAGAGUGAUCACCUUCGUGACCAGAUCGCACCACAUGUCUUCCCAGAGGUCACUGCAGAGCAGUUUGCAGCUGGUGAUCACGACGAAAAGGCACUGCCUCUGAUCAUCCGCGCGUACGAGAGGUUCCCUAUGACUGGCUAUGGACCGGCUAUCAAGAAAGUGAUCGACGAGGCAACACAAGUACAGGUGGAGUUGAAGCGUGUCAAAGCACGCAUGUUACACGACGCCAUUCGAGAAAACAAUACGAAAGUACGUCUAACAUACAUCGAUGCCUUUGGUUUGCACGCAAUUACAGAGAAACUGUUCGCUGCAAUCCACCGUAUCAACAAGAGGGAGAUUGCUAGAGCCAAAGAUGAUGUUGUGCGAGCUGCAGCUCAGAAACGUAUCCUUAUACCUGGAUCAGAGCCAGACACUGUUCAAACGGCAAUGGAUUGGAUCUAUCAAGGAAAACUGAACUGCGAAGACCCGCAACAGCUCUACAACACACUACAGCUCGCCACACAAUUGGGUAUCAAAGCACUGAGUGAGUUCUGUCACUCCAAGCUGUACAAUGCCGUCACCGACUGUAUUCAAGACGCUAUGGCCAACGACACAUCGCUCAAAACCUUGUUGGGAUACGGACCUGGUCCAGGUGAUCGCGUCAUGGAAGUAGUAUUCAAGCACGCGUUCAAGGAUCAUGACGUACCAAAGCGGUUUCGGGAGAUUGUCGUGGAAACUCUGGCUACCAACCUCGAUGCAGAGCUGUGGGCUGAAAUCAAGGACAUGGUCAGCCAUAAGGUGGCCUUACAGAUCAUUGAGGCACUGCUGGAAUAUCACCAGCAAGUUUCAGAAGGGCUGGUUGACCAUGCUGAUGUUAAGCAUGAGGAUGAAGGAGCUCGUACUAUGUCCCCGAUGCCUGCCGCCGAUAAAUGA